AUGGCAGGACAACCGACCGGGAGAGAGCUCUCCUACGCCAAGAAAAUGGAGGCAAGCUUGCUCGUGGAGCAAUCGCAUUCACUGCCUCCCAACUCAACAUCCACAGAACCACCGUCUCCUGUCGUGUCGGCCGGCCGCCGAUAUACACACCGGACCCGAACUGUUGCAAUCGCUACGCUCGACAAUGCGCUACAUAAACGAUUCAGCGUCGUAGCACUCGCAUCAAGCCUCUGCUGUCCGACGACAACAAGGCAGAACGUAUCGCAUUUUGCCGUUCGCACGUUCAUCCCUGCGGUCCUCUCGGCUCGCGAUACGCCCACAAGCGGGCCUCCCGAAGCCCCGGUUUUCGACGACAUGUGGGAUCUCGUACACCUUGAUGAAAAGUGUUUCAACGCGGAAAGGAACAUGCGCAAGGUGUACCUGACGGAGAGUGAAGAGCAUGAACAGCGCACCUGGUCAAGCAAGCGCUUCAUCCCCAAGGUCAUGAUUCUGGCGGCGGUUGCGCGUCCUAGACAUGAUGAUGAGCGCGGCACCAACUUCGACGGCAAGAUUGGCAUGUGGCCAAUCGUGCAGUACCUACCUGCUGUUCUCAACUCCCGCAACCGUCCGACGGGAACGAUCAUGCCAACGUUGGUAAACGUGGACACUGUGGUGUACAGUGACUACGUGAUCACGCGAGUCAUUCCAUCUAUCAAGGCCACGGCCGUCGUGUUCAACUGGUGUCCGCAAUGGAAGCAGGUGAUCCCGAGUCCACCCAUUCGGUGA